GAAGAAGAGGAAGCGGAAGAAGACGAAGAAGAAGACGCUAUACAUAUCAGUUGCACUGUGUAACUUGCAUUUGAAUCGCGCUGAGCUGGUUUGAGGUCGUUGUCCGUGUUUUGGAUCCUUUCGCAGUCUGUUUUAAGUUAACGAAAGUUAACUGUAACAUUGCAUACGCCUAAAAAUGUCUUGCUCAGCGUUCGGUUGUACUAAAAGACCCUGUAAGGAGUCGAAUCUUCAGUUUUUCCGAUUUCCGUUGAGUGAUCACGCCAGGCUGAAGCGAUGGAUAAUUAAUGUGAGGAGAAAGAACUGGACCCCGUCGAGCUCGUCACGCCUGUGCUGUAAUCACUUUGAGGAGGAUCAGUUCUUCAUAGACAAGAAGGGCAAGAGGAGGCUGAAGGACACCGCUGUGCCGACCAUUUUCAACUUUCCACCUUAUUUGUUGAAAAAGAAAGAAACUACCAAGGCCACACGGAUCAAGUCGGUAAGUAUGACUAUGAAGGUAAGUGACUGUUCAGUUUCUACUACUGUCCCUUCAUGUUCUGCAACUGGAUUUAUUGCUCAUUAUGACUGGCGAGAACCUAUCACAUCUUUGUGCUCUGUGUUUGAUAAUGAGGCCGAUACUGAAAUGGACAACAGAGAUAGUGUUGGCGAUCUUUCUGCUGAAUAUAACAUCAUCACUGUGAAGGAAGAGCCUGAUGAUGAGAUCAGUAUCUGUCCUGAAAACACAGUUAUGGUCAAAACUGAUGCUGAUGAGGUCGUCUCUGGUGACAGAACUGAGCAUACCACAAGCCAAGACUCUCAAACAAUUACGCAUGAUCAUAGCUAUCUCUGCACGAAACCACCGCAACCCUCUGUGUGCACAGAUCACAGCUACAUCGGCUCUGAGUCUCCCAGAACACUCAAACGUAAAGUACAUGCAGUACAGGAACAGCUGGUCGCAGCUCGCAAAAAGCUGAAGUUGAAGUGUCAGCAGACGAGGAGACUGAAGUCAAGACUCUUGACCUUGAAAGAUCUGAUAAAGGUUCUCCGGAAAAAGUUGGAGCAAAAAAACUAUCAACAAAUUUAGGGCAAGAGCUUCAUAAAUACCUUUUACAUCAAAAACUGCAUUAAUUUCAACAGUUUUACUAUCCAUCAACAACACUGGAAAGAUGUAUAAAAGAAUGUAAUAAAUGGAUGAAUUACAUAAUAAAGUGAGAAAGUUGCAAUCAACUGUAAAUACUUCAAAAAAUAAAAAAAAUACAGCUGUGGAUGAAGGUAAAGGUGAACUUAACUCACAGAACAAGUUUGCAUAAUGAAAGAGGUACAACGCAACAUAAAUUUUAGUAACAAGUAUAAAUUACAGUAAAAAUGGAAACCACAUAAAAGUAAUAGUUCAUAUAUAGCUUAAGAGUGCUUGGAGCAACAGUCUGUACACUCAGUGAGUAAAGUGCAAAGCCUGGUUGAAGGAAUAAAAGCUGCCUUAACAGUUAACAUGAGCAUGGUGCAACAGUCUGUAGGUUGUCUGUAAAAGCAAUCGCAGCAGUCCAUAAGUAAUGGAGGUAAGGUGCAAAAAGUCCAAGAGCCGUUAUUGAUCAUGAGUCCUUGUGUUGCAGACAGUUCAUGUGUAGCAGGCUCACAGCUUGGUGGAAGAAGCUGCUCUGAAGUCUAAUCAUGUGAACAGUUCAUGUGAAGUCGUCAUGAAAGGGACAAAAACCUGACUCAGUCUUUGAAUGUGAAUUUGCUCCAGUAACAACCUCUAUAAAUAAGUGAUGCUCUUGGAACAGCACACUGAUAUCAACUAUAAUAACUGAGAACUAUGAACUCUAACGUUUCAAAGUAUUUACAAUUUGUUACAGCUAUGUCUGACAUGGGGGCAGAGUGUCGAAGACCAUGGUGGUAAGACUGGGAUGGUAAGGGAAUCGUUGGACAGUGCUAUGGCCAAGAGUGUUAAAUAAUAAGAAAAGAGAACCUAUAUUAACAAAAAUAACACUCAUCACAUAAGGCAUGACAUUGCGGGCUAUGUUUGGGCCUAAAAAAUCCAUUAAGGCUCAACUUCAACAGUGAACAAACUGUCAGACAUGAAUAUUUCACUGUUGCUGAAGUCGGGCUGUUUUUAAAAAAAAAAAAAAAAAAAAAUUUCCCCUGGUGGUGAAAUGAACUCCAUCGCAGGAGUGUCAAACUUUAUGUGAGGGUGAUGUACAAAGCUGCCACUUAAACAAUGAGCGUAUGUGGCCAUAACACUGUCCUCAAACCUGCGAGCCUUGUCAGUCUUCCCUGGAUUGGCACCAUCCUUCCACCUGCAUCUCUGGGUGAUGCCAGACAGGAUGAUCUUCAUGUCUGUAUACUGCAGGUGGUGGUGAUGCGGAUCCUCCUUCAUUGCUGCGAUGAGGUUGACGUUUGAUGCAGCUGUCCCCAAUGAUCCACACUGAGGCUGGAUGGAAAAAAAACAUUUUAAUAGUGCGGAAUGUGUCCAUAUUGUAGCCUAUAGAGGAAAAAGUACUCUCAUUAGAUUAUUAGAUGAGCUCCACACAGUUAUCUGAAAACACAUUAUCCCCUGGGCUUAGUUGUAAAGAACAGUCUGCUGUACUGUUUUACAUUAAAUAGUCAUAGAAAAGUAACUAUUCCUCAUGUCUGUGGCAUUGUGUGGGUGCUCAUGCCAUGAUGGUUCCCAGCACUCAGUAACUUCACUUUUUCUAUAAGGAGAAAGAAUCUUUCCAAUAGAUGAUGAUGAUGAUGAUGCCCGUCAUCAACAAUGAAAAGGACCUGAAAAAAAAAAGCAUACAAACACAAAACCAAAGAAUGUUAAUAUUAACGCACACUCACAUGAACUGGACUUCAUUCACUUAACUGGGAGAAUACACAUUAAUCAAUAACAGUGUUCUCUGGUGUAACGUUAACUUAGUUAAAUGAGCAAAUUUCCAUCUGCUGGCUCUUGAACGAACAGCACGUCCAGCAACAACAGUUAGCAAAACUGUAAUAAUGUUAUUGUUCCAUUAUGGUAAAUGAAUUGAAAUCUACAGGAAACUCAUAGCUAAUAGUUAGCCAACGUAAAUUAACGACAUUGACAAACCCCAUUUUGUAUUUUGAUGUCGCUGUUAACACUCACUAAGUUGGGCAACGUAUCCUCAGAUUUGAAGAACUAAUUUUAAAACACAAUGUGAGAAUAUGUUUUACCAUAAGUGGUUACACACAGUUUAUUUUUAACUUACACACAAUAACUUAAUCUACAAUAACGUUACAAGGUUAGUCCUCUUUUAUGUAACAUUUGCCAAAUGUGGACAUGUAUGCAAUUAGCUCCUAAGAUAAGCUAUAGUUUCCACAAUCAUAUUCUGAACGCUAACUUUGUUAGCAGCGACUUCGCACGGUGUAGCCAGGAGGUGAUGGGUGAUGGGUGAUGUCAUGGUGGCUACGUCCACUUGUGUUAUACAGUCUAUACUCCUAACUUGCAAUUUCAGCCUUCCUUAGAGUUAGCAGAGGUAUCUGCAUCUUUAUGGGCUUUGAAUAAAAUCCUUGUAGGCUUUGUAGUCUCAGCUCUUCACAAAGUAACACUGAAACCAAAUGCAGUUUUGUCACGAAUAAAGCAAUACCAUCUACCUGAAGAAGCAAUUAAAGGCAUUAAACCUGUAAUUAAUUUUCUUCUAGAAAAGGGUGUAUUGGUACCUACUUCAUAUCCUUGUAAUACACCCAUUCUCCCCAUUCCUAAAGCCAGCAGACCUGGAGAAUGACGCUUCGUGCAAGACCUUAAAGCAGUGAACUCAAAUGAUUUUGGCCUCAUUGCCUUUAAAUUCCAAUUUUUACACAGUUUUGGAUUGGUGUUCAGCUUUUUUCUGAAUAUCACUGCACCCUGAAAGCCAAAACCUUUUUUGCUUUCACUUUUGAGGGUCAACAAUACACAUUCACAAGGGCACCUCAAGGACUCCUGGAGUCCCUUUUUAUAUAUGCUGCUGGGGUAAAGAGGGACCUUGAUGACCUUGUGCUCUCUGGUGUUAGUACGUAGCUCCACUAUGCUGAUGAUCUGAUGGCUUGCCGCUCUGAAGAAGCCUGCUAAAGAGACUCUGUUCUCCUUCUAAGGUGCACAGUUGAAAAACGACACAGAGCAUCACCACUGAAGUUAUGUCAGCAGAGAGUCAACUACUUGGGGAAAAUGGUCGCCGCCUCCUCUCACCAGACAGUUAAACUGCUGUCAGCAGUGCCUCCUCCACAUAAGUGAAGAUGCGCUCCUUCUUGGGCAUGAUGAAUUACUGCAGGCAUUGGUUACACUGCAGUGGACUCUGGACUCUGCCCCUGAACCCACUCAGUGGACUGAAAGCAUGACAUCUGCUGUCAGAGACUUGAAAGCUGCUCUCACAUCAGCACCAGCCAUGGGUUUGCCAGACAACAAUACGCCUUUGCAUCUGUAUGUGUGUGAGUCUAACGGCUUCACCUCGGGCAUCUUGGUUCAGAAACAUGUCUCUCAUUAUUGUCCAGUGGCUUUCUAUUCUUCUAGGCUGCCUCCUGUAGUGCAGGGGAUGCCAGCAUGCUUACCAGCUGUUGCAGCUACAGCUAGUAGCUUUUGUUCCACAUGCUGUAUUGCACAUUUUGAACAUGACUGCUGCACGUAGGUCAGGCUAUGAAGCGAUCAUUCUGUCCAGCUCUGCCAUUUCAGUUUAUAGAGCCCCACCUUAAAAUCCAGCUACACUGCUCCCAUUGAUUCAUAUGGACAAUGAGCUACUUACACAUGACUACAAGACAUUGAUUGGUUUAAUGCAAAGCCCUGUUCCAAAUUAUGAUUUGAUUUUCUUUUGUGAUGGAUCAGUAAUGCGUCCCUCAGACACCCAAUAUCUUCCUGGUUACGCCGUUGCCGCUGAAGCAGGUGUAGUAGAGGCACAUGUCAGCUCCCAUAUCUAAUCUAUUGAAAGCUGUUCUUGUCCUUUCACUUGGCUAUUGUAAAAUACUCUGCACACACAGGUAGUACUGAUUCUGUUUCUAAUGGUAACAUGUUAGCAGACAGUGCUGCCAAACAAGCCACGCUUAACCCAUCCUCUGUGGUACUUCAAUGUGCAUCCUUACAACCUCCUGUUCUUUCGCCACUCGCCUCACUAGAUGAUGUCGCGGGUGCCCAAUCCUGCGCUGACGGUUGUCAGAAAACGUGGGAAAACAAGGGUUGUACACAGAGUCCGGCUUGUGGCUCCACCCUGAUGUGUUAGCCCAGGUCGCACACAUGUAGGGAAAAGUUGGAUGGAUCAUGUGAGCUGAACCCAAUAGAGAUGCACAGUAUGCCUACAAAACAACAAAUGUAACUAAACAGUAAGACAUGACCAUCUACCGCCAACAUCAGGACCUUUGGUAAAUAUGCAAAUAGACUUUACCUCCAAGUCAGGGAUAUAAGCGUCUUCUGAUUGUUGUAGAUCAGUUCUCAAAAUCGAUUCAAGUGUUUCCCACAAGAAGAGAAGAGACAGCAACAGUGAUAAAAUGUCUAAUGAAAGAAAUAAUUCCAAAGGGAAUUAUAAGUGAUAGAGAGAACUCUUUCACAUGUAAAGCUUUCCAGCAGCUGAGCAAAGUGUAGGAAUAGAUUGGAAGUUGCAUGUUCCUUAUCAUCCCCAGAGCUCAGGACAGGACAAAAGCUGCCUAAAACCAUGCAAAUUAUUUAUAAUAGCCAGAACCUUUGCCGUUGGAGCUGUACUCUAUCAGAUGCACACCUAACAGAACAACGGGGUUAAGUCCACAUGAAGUGCUCAUGUGAAGAUCUACUGAACGUCCACAGGUGUGAGCCUGCUGCUGACAUCUCACCGUGCUACCCUGGUAUGGACAGAAGAGUCUAUGGUUGACUAUGUGCUAACCAUAACCAACAUUUUGAGAAAGUUUCAUAUACAGGUUGCUGCAGGAGCCGGGAAAGGAGGCUAUCCAUCCUUCUAAACCAGGAGACUUUGAGUUUGUGAAAUCACUAGAUAAAGUGUUUCUGUCUUCCAGGUGGAAAGGUUCUUACCAAGUGCUGCGGACCACGAGGACCCUCCUGAAGGUGGAAGGAAAACCAGAAUGGAUCCAUGCAUCAAGGUGCCGGAGAGUUUCCUCUACGCAGCCGCGCUCCUCCUCUUUUCCACAGGCAGCGUUCGGCCUUCAUCAUCAUCAUCAAGGAUGACGAUGGGAGAGGAUCACCUGAGCACAAAGGCUCAGCGGACUGUGACACGGACGAGGACGGUUGGAACGUGUGCGCUCACGUAUUCACAACGCUGACAGCUGUCCUGUUCCUUCACACACCAAAUGUGAAGAGUGUUCGCACUUCAGCAGCACUGGAAGACAAAAACAAUCCUUACAGAAGUAAAUAAAGCUCGUUACUGGACAUCAGAGGACAACAGCUACUAUGAUACUGUUAAUCCAGCUCUGUUAAUGAUGAAAGACUAUGCAAGUAACAGAAAUCUGACUGACUGACUUCAACUCAUUCCAGUUCCAUUCACCAGAGCGGACUGUAGCGUGUUUGACUGGUAUGAACUGGGUGAAGAGUUGAAUGAAACUAACCAAGGAGGUUAUUUUCCAUCACACUCCUCCUGUCCCAGAUACACAGAGAGAAGCAGUUUGUUUCAUUGUUUUAAUCUGUAUUAUCAACCUCCAGGUGUCAAUGUCUAAAAAACACAAUAGAGGUUCUUUUCAACAAAGUUAAUUUGAUUCUUGAACAAACUAGUCGCUCGUCCAGUCGACAGGUGUUCAGUUUGUCAGCUUUAUUUUUUAAUUUUAUUUUUAUUCUUAGUCCUUGUUAGUUUUUUAUCGUAUUUAGUUAAUCUCAUCCUGUUUUAAGUCAAGUUUUAGUUGACUGUUGGGCAUCUUAGUCAAUAAAAACUUUAUCUAUUCUAGUGUUGUUUUACUCAAUGAAAACUGUCUUAAUGAGUUUGGUUUGGCUAUAAAACAGCUGUAACACAUCAUCUUACUAGUUGGCUUAAUAUAGCUUAAAAAAAAACAGCUUGACGUUUCCACGGAGACGUUUACCUACCUCAGUUUCUUUGUGAUGAGCCUUAAUGUGUCUCUUCAGGUUUGUGGUAUUCUUACCACAGUUCUUACCUUUUUACUAUUGUUUCUCUUCUGAUAAAGUGAUGCAUUCAGUUUUUGUUUUCUCAGCAUAUUUGAAGCAUAUCUCAGUUUUUCUUAACAUAUCUGAUGCAUCCACAGCCGUACAGACCUAGCUCAUGACACGUCACAGGGUUUAGCAGAAUUACAGAGUGCAUGGAUUGGAUCCAGUGGGAGACUUAGUGGGAGUAUUUGGGGAUCAGCAAUCAUGUGUUUGAUCCUUGUGUCAGUAGCAGGAGUGAUGGUACUGUUCAGUCAAUGCAGUGAAAUUAGCUGAUAAUUUUGUAUUUCAAAUAUUGUUUGAGUCUUUGAUGCUUUCCUGUUUUUCAGCUCGACUAGAGAAUUGUAAUAUCGAUUAGAAACAGAGUAAAGUUCAGUUUUCUUUUGGUCCAUUUUACUUUAUGUAUCUGGAAUUUGUCAAAAAUGAUAAAGGUUGGAUUAAAAAGUGAA